AUGGCGGGCAGAAACGAACGAGUGUCAACAUACACCUCUGGCUCUGGCGAAACAGAUGGUCGAAAUGGCGAACAAAAGAAGAACCUCUGGACAUCCAUGCUGGAAUCAGUCGCUAGCGGGAAGCGCCUCCCAGAAAAGAAUCUCCUGGUGCUGGGCGGUACCCCUGAGACCCAGCGAGAGUUUAUCGAGUCACUAUCUGGUACCGAGGCGAGACGAAAUUUUGAUAGACAGAAGACGCCGCCUGUUGCGAACAAUUUCGCUUUAGGAUACACAUACUACGAUGUUUUGGACGCAGAUCAAGACGAUACGCUUGCUCGAGUAUCACUAUAUCUGCUCUCACAGCCCUCCAGCGAGUUCGCAACACUCGUCUCGCCGCUAUUAACCGCGGAGACAGUAUCCCACACAGCUAUCGUCAUCCUCCUCGACUGGUCACAACCACAUAAAUGGCUGCGUCAAAUCUGGAGCUGGAUCCAAGUGCUGGAAGAGGUCAUGGGCGGGGUGAACACCGAGGCGCGCAACGAAAUGGAGGAUGUUAUGACUUCUUGGAAGGAGCGCGGCCGUGUGGGCGCGUCGACGAACUUGGACGGAACGCCGACGGCAACAGCAACGAGUGGCGAUGGCGACGGACUGCUGCCGCUGGGUCCAGGAGAGUGGUCAGAGCCAUUGGGAUUACCACUCUGCGUAGUAUGCCAGAAUGCGCAAAAAAUGGAGUUUCUUGAAAAAAACAAGAGCUGGAAAGAGCCCGACUUUGACACCGUCUUGCAGUAUCUCCGAACCAUCCUCCUCCGACAUGGUGCAUCUCUAAUAUAUACGUCCCAAAAUACACCGUCUCAACUCCCUCUCCUCAUCCAUUCCACUCUCGGCAUCACAUCCCUCCUCAAGCGCCAACCGCUCAAACACAACGUAAUAGACCGAGACAAGAUUGUCGUCGCACCAAACUGGGACUCAUGGGGCAAGAUUCGCAUUCUGGGUGGCACUUUUGAUACCGAAUUGAUCUCUCAGGGCUGGGAAGCUGAUAUCAAGCUCCCUCCGGGAUCCGAUCCCGGCGCCGGCAACACCGACGACGAAUCCCCUACGCCGCCACAGGAGCCCAGCGCCAUAGCUCAAUACGAACAAUGGUGUCGUGACCCUAAUAGCGGCGGUCUUGCCGUCGUUGAAAGCGCAAUGUCAGACGGCCAAGCCGUCGGCGUGGAGAGUGACGACCCGCAGGACUUUCUGGAGCGACAGCUCAAGAUCCUGGAGGCAUUCAAGGCCAAGGCUCCUGAGAAGGGGGGCAGUCCCCUACCGGCAGGGAGAAGGGUCGAGUUUCCGGAGGAGAAGAGCGUGCACGAUCACAUUGGCCCAGUGCAGUUCAACAUGGGAGGUAUUCAAGUCGAUGCAGAUGACAUGCUGCAGCGCCUUAAGGAUCGCAAUGCGCAUGCUGCGCCAGACGACGAGGAAGAACAGGAAGAACUGCCGGUGGGCAACAUGGCAAAGGAAUUUGACAAUGAGCAACUACAGAAUUUCUUUAGCGGGUUGAUGAAUAGGACUGCCGGGGCGGCUGACAGCCCCCGGUCAUGA